AUGUCUUUAGAUGCGUACGCCGUUCUGGAUGCCUUCUCGGACAUCAAAAGCCGCACCGAUCAGUCCAUUGCUGCGAACAACCUCGACACCUACUCGUCAGAGUUCCUACCGAGGUCCGAGGACAUCGCUGUUGCAAUCUUUUGCAAUGCCCUGGAGGAGUUGGGCUGCCCGAUCCGAUCGGCAGCAUCUGGAGACAAGCUUUCGCGCGUCCGGCCUGCGGCAGAGCACAAGAGACUAGUGGACUAUAUCUAUCGCGUCUUAGAGGCUCGAGCUGGUUUGAUCUUGGACGACGGGAACCACCUUACUCGCACUUCCAAGGCCUGUCCCGACAGCGACAUUGAUUCCCUGUUGGACAGCCUGCUGCGUGAUAGACCUUCCCAGGACGCGGAGAUCAAGCUCAUGCAGACGAUUGGGAAAAGCUACGGCAAAUGCCUCUCUGGUGAGGUUGAUGCUGUCCAGUUGCUAUUUGACGCCGCUGAGAGCCGUUCGCUGUUGAACAAGCUCUAUGCCACCUCGGACGCAACAAACAGCCUCCUGCAGCCGCUGAAAACGUUUAUCGAAGAGGUAGCCGCCGGUUGGUCAGCUCCAAGCCAGCCUUUGCGAAUCUUGGAGGUCGGGGCCGGGACGGGAGGGACAACCUCGGUACUGCUACCUACAUUGGCUCGUCUGGGCGUUCCCACGGUAUACACCAUGACCGACAUCAGUCCAAGCCUCGUGACGCAGGCUUCCUCGGCUUUCAAGCAGUUCCCGUUCGUGGAGUUCAGAGUUGUCGACAUUGAGAAGGAACCACCGCAGGAGCUGCGAUGCAGCCAACAUAUCGUCCUGGGCUCCAACGUUGUGCAUACGACCACAAACGCCCAAUCCUCGUUGAAGAACAUCCACAAGAUGCUGCGCCCAGACGGCUUCCUCAUCUUCCACGAGCUGACUAUGCAAAUGCCGUGGGCUGAUGUUUGUUUCGGACUGUUUGAGGGUUGGUGGCGAUUUGACGAUGGCCGACAGCACGCCUUGCAGUCACCACAGGCUUGGGCGAAGAUGCUAAAAUCGGCCGGCUACGGCCACGCCGACUGGACCGACGGAUCACGCCCUGAAGCAAAGCUACAAAGUCUAAUACUGGGCAUGGCUAGUGAUAUAGAGUGA